AAAAGCUGGAGUUGAGUGGCAGCAAGGAAUUGGACGAACUGGAGGAGGAGGUGAGGAGACUGGUGAGUGAGAGGAGACACGCCGACGAGGCGAUCGUGCAGCUCGAGGCUGACAUGACCGUGAAGAACAGCGAGAUAAAGAACCUGCAGAUCGAGUUGAACACCCUCGAAAACACGGUCGUUCAGUUGGAACGUCAAAAGGUGGAGGCAGAGAAACGACUGAAGCAAUUGGACAAUCAGAUAAAUGAAUUGGAGUGCAUCGGGAGGGAGUUGAAGGUGAAAAUCGGUGAGGAGAAUAGCAGAUUGAUGAAUCUGAGGAAUGAGAACACUCUGGCCAAGGAGAACGCUGUGAAGGAAAACGCGGAGAUGACAAAAGCGAAGGAGCAGUUGAGAGUACUGGAGGAGCAAGAGAAACAGCUGAAUGCCACCCUGUUGCAGCGCAAUAACGUCAUCGAGAACUCUGCGAUUCAGUUGACGAAGUUAGAGAGCGAGCAGACGGCGAGUGAGAAUGAGAUUCAGAGAGUGGAAAAAGAAAACGAGAAAUUGUUAAACAUAAAGAACAGACUGAACUAUUUGAUAGAGACAAGUGAUAUAGACGGAAUUAUUAGAGAGCAGUCGGAUCUGAUGGCGUUUGCACCGGUGGGGGCGGGGCAGAGCGGUAGUUAUGGGCAGUUCGGGCAAAACGAGGCAAAAAUGACGAACGCAUCGCCAUUCGAUACGCAGAUCGAUCCAUUUGCAGACGUUCAACACAGCGGUCGGUUUAUUUGA